CAAUGGACGACUUCGACGAAGAUGCAUUUAAGAAGUUUUUCCCUACGAGCUUCGGCAAACAAGAAAGAGCCACGGAUAUAAAUGCACAGAUCAAUCGUACCAAGCGGACGGAGGUCUUUGUGAAGCCGAAACAGUUGUCGCAAGAACCCGAUGGUGACUGCGCCGAGGUACGAACGGCGGAGGCAAGGUUGGAAAGCCGCGCAAAAUCAAAUGACGGGAGUGACGACGAAGAUGAUGAUUCAAACGAUUCCGAUUCCGAUUCCGAUGACGAGGAUGAGUUCCCCGUUUCACAUGAACUCGUUAUCAAAACCCAUGAACGCGCUGUGACGACUAUGACCGUGGACCCAGCAGGGUCGCGCUUGAUUACUGGAUCGACGGACUGCUCGAUAAAGCUUCAUGAUUUUGCGUCUAUGACGCCAACCACUAUACGCGCAUUCAAAUCUGUUGAUCCUUCGGCUAAGAAACAGUCCGCCGCGCAGGAGACGCAUGCUGUCCAUCAUGUCGAGUUCGAUCCUCUAUCUCCUAGCCAUGUGUUGGUCAUCACUGCGACGGCGCAACCCAGGAUUCUCAGUCGCGAUGGGGACACAAUUACAGAGUUUGUCAAAGGAGAUAUGUAUCUGCGGGAUCUGCAUAAUACAAAAGGCCAUAUAGCGGAGGUGACCAGCGGUGUAUGGAACCCGACGGAUUAUAACAUCUGUGCUACUGCCGGAACAGAUAGCACAGUGCGCAUAUGGGACGCAAAUGUUGGCCGAUCACAGAAGGAAGUGAUUGUGCACAAGUCAAGAGCUGCUGGGUCCGCUGGAAGGAGCAAGAUGACUGCUGUGGCGUGGGGUUCUCCAAAGCAGGGAGGUUCGAACGUUCUUGUUGCCGCUGCGUUGGAUGGUAGCCUGUUAAUGUGGAGUAGAAAUGGGCCAUAUACCAGACCCAGCGCCGAGGUCAGGGAUGCGCAUACUCGUGAUACGUGGACGAGUGGAAUCGAUAUCAGCUCCGAUGGGAGAUUGGUUAUAACUAAGGGAGGAGAUGAUACCAUAAAGCUCUGGGAUACCAGGAAGUUUAAGCAUCCGAUUACUACAGUCGCACAUCCUUCAAGCUCAAGUCGCUAUCCCUCGUCGAAUAUCAAAUUUUCUCCUACGUCUGCGAAUGUCAUCACGGGCUCUGAAACGGGCCAUUUACACAUCUUGAAUCCGGCCACCUUAAAGCCGGAACUUGUCACUCCAGUCACACCUGGUUCACCUCUUGUUACAGUUCUUUGGCAUGAGAAACUUAAUCAGAUCUUAACCGGUUCUGCCAACGCUGAGACGCACGUUCUCUACAACCCGAAUCUUUCCACCAAGGGAGCUGCCCUUGUUAUGUCCAAGGCCCCCAAGCGUCGCCAUGUAGACGAUGAUCCGAAUCUCACAAUGGAUUUGUCACAGGGUCUCUCUGGAGAUUCUGUUGUCGUCGGCAGCAAUGGUGUACCCCACUAUGCCUCUGCUACGUGGUCGGCCAGACAUCCGACCAUUGGAUUGACAGCUUCUGGCCGUCCAAGAGAUCCCCGAAGACCUCAUUUACCUGCACAAACGCCGUUUGCCAAGUCGCAACCUGAUGAAAGACAUAUUCGUGAAAACAUUCCCCUUAGUUCAAUGCGAGAUGAGGACCCGCGUGAGGCACUGCUAAAGUAUGCAGAGAAGGCUGAGAAAGAGCCCAUUUUCACCAAGGCGUGGAAAGAGACUCAACCCAACCCAAUUUAUGCGGAUAUUAGCGACGAGGAGGAUGAGGGACCUGAUAGAAAGAAAGCUAAGCGUUGAUAGUAUCUGGCGACACUGUAAAGUAUACAUAUCUUUUCCCACAGGGAGUCCACGGCGCUGGAUUCUUUUUUCGCUUUCGGGAUUAACUGCAACUAUUUGAACUGGCACCAUCUUUACCAUUACCCUGUACAAAUAUAGCCUCUUUCUCACUUUUAACUGCGCGACAUUAUAUUCGGUGUAUAAUUACCAGCAAAAUUUGAUUCACGGAUGGAUAUUACAUUACAAUGCUUGGCAGCUUGAUUUCUUGGCUUUAUUGUUUGCUGACGUAGGUGACGUCCAAGGAUUUUCUGGUACCAUCGGAACAGCCAUACAGCUGUGAUCAUCGCUGAAUGCGUUCUCUGCAACAGACAUUGCCUGGCUGCGCACUAUUUUAGUGUUUUCUGGCAUGUACAAGAACGGAGAUGGAGUGGAAGUGGCACAUGGAGAGAGAGAGAAAGUGAAGAAUUUGUUGGAUCACGUGGGAUUCUGCCGCAUAGGUCCGCCCUCGCUGACCCUUUUCACCACGUAGGCCUAUCUAGCUAGUAACCAACCAACAAUACACUUCCAUUAGGUUAUGAGCCCGUUUCUUGCUCGGAAAUAUGAGCUAUUUUAGGCCCGUAUAAGUGGUCAAUUUAAGCCCUCUGAUUGGCUGAACCAAAAUUCCAUACCCCAGAUUCCAAAAAUUCCAGGAUCCCAGAUACGGUCCGAACCUGAGCAUGUCAGGAGAACCUACUACGCCUCCCGCUACUGCUAUACGACGAUCACGUCGCCGAAAUCUCCAAAACAGGUCCUCGAAUAUAGACGAGACCUCCUCAUCAGUUGUCUCUGAAGAGAUAGAGACCCCAACGCCUUCCGGAGCCAAUCUGAGCUCUACCAAUACCGCCAACAUGGCUUCCACAAACGAACUUACCCCUGAUCUUGCUGAUAUGAUGCGACAAAUGCUUGCUCGCCAGAAUCAGAUGGAACAAGAUAUGCGAGACCGUGAAGCUAGAAUGGAGCUAAAACUGGCAUCUAUCAUCCAGUCUAAUACUCCACAAGCUUCCUUGCCUUCAAAUACAACCCAAGAUACUACACCAAUGGAUAUCCAACCGCCUCUGCGUGAUGCCUCAGACACAAAUAUCAGCAAUGCUAUUGCCCUUGUCCAAGCCGAUGUCGAUACGCUACUGCCUGACCGAUGCCGUGUCAUCUUGACACUGGAUAAUUACGAUGCAUGGAGCUCUGCCAUACAAAAAGAAGCUGGUAUUCUCAAUGCUAUUACAACUCUUCACCAGGACUCUCCUCCUGCUGGAUCAUCUCCACUUGAUGCUGCAGUUUGGCACAGAAAAGCCAUUGUCAUGAGAGCCCGUAUGCUCAAUGCCAUGACAACCCCUGCUUCCGAUAAACUAGGCACCGUAUAUGACCUCUCUGCCCAUGGUCUUUGGGACCGAGCUGCCACACUUUUUGGCAAAUCCACCGGUGAAGAGCGAAUGGCCCUUACCAUGGAGCUCAAAGAGCUCUAUAUAAAGGAUAACGAUUAUCUCACCUACCAGUCAUCCUUUAAUCGAAUCUUUGACCGCCUACACGCUAUUGGAGAAGAAUCUCUUGAAAAUCUCAAACAUGACCUCUUCUUUAUAGGUCUCCGGGACUGGAACCGCGCCUUUAUCAAGAGUAAACUAGAUGAUGUCUACUCUACUGGCCGUGCUCCGGUUACCAACCUGGAUCUUAAGGUUAU